AUGUUGGACAUAUUAUUUUGGGUCGUUGAUGGCUUCACAUAUGUGGACCUCUAUGUUGCGGUAUUGACCACCCUCACGCUAUCGAGGUGUAUCCGCAACCUCCGCGAGGCAUUAAUAGGGGAUCAUGGCGUGUCCUCCAUAAUGUCGUACGACGUAUACUCCGCGUUUCAACCAGUACCUAGCCUUUCCACAGUAUCGGGCACUGUUGACCGAGAGCUAGAAGGACCUUGA